AUGGCAACACCAAUGGAGGAGCACCAGGAACUGAGGUCCGAGGGUAUGGGGCGUCGUCGUCAGAUGGGGGCGCGCAGGCGCCGCGAUGCCGCACAAACAUUUGGCCAACAGCAGCAAACGAAGUUCUCUAGAGCCAAAUGGGUCACAGAGAGCUCCAAGACGGGGAAAAGCUUGGCGGUGGUGAGACCACAACAUAGUCAUGGAUCGGGAGUCGGGUCCACGCUCGUGGGUGGCGGUGGGGGGGAUGUGAUAGCCAAAACUCGGACUAACGUAGCCACAUCUCGAUCGGCAUUUGGUCGCAGCUAUGUGGCACCCAUUGUCAGUGCGGCGGCCACUAAGACGCCACGUCAGACGCGUUUCAGGUCGGUCAAGGCCAAAGUGGACAGUCAUCUGUGUCCGGGCAUUAGUAGUAUGACAUCAAGGAUGCCGAUUGCUGACAAGAACAAUAAACCGCUGACCGCAGCUCAUGAGCAGUUGGAGUUGUUGCUCAAUCAAAUCGAACAGAGCAACGAUCCGGUGUCCCAUACACGGCGCCGCCGAUCAAACCAAGCCCAUUCCAGUAAGGCAACGAUGCGUCGACCCAUGGAUCAACGUCCCAUGCCGCCAGCUCCAGCUGCGUCGCCCAUGAUGAGUGCACGUCGUGGUGGCAAUCUAGAGAUGGCAUCCACAGUCUCGUCCACAGAGACGGCGCGGCGUUCCCUUAAAAUUCUCGAUGUGCACACUGGUUCGUUCAUUAGCUAUGAGGAGUCAUUGCGCCGACAUCCAGCCUCCAGUCCCGGUCGCAGUCCCCGACCUAUACAGGCAACUGCUUCCUCAGUUCCCGUCCUGCCCAAUGUGCCGCUAGUCCAUAAUCCUCAGUUACUGCCACAGGCCAAACGGGAUGCCCUAGUCCAGCUGCUGUCACGAGCCGAGCAACAUGACAAAGGCAUUGUGGAUAUUUUACGUAGUUCACCGUGUCACGAUCCAUCCCGGGAAACCAUGCGCAUGAUGCUGCAAAUGCUUCCCCUAAAUCCUGGCGAUUCGCCAUAUGGCGAAAAGUUCUGGGCCGGUCAUCGAUAUCUGGAAGAGCGUCAGAAGCUGCAUCAGCAACUUAAACCCGAUGAUAUACGUUUCAAGGAAGUGAAAAUCAUACGUGAACCGAAUGGACAAAUGUACCUCUCACGCACCCUAGAGGAGGAGCUCAAAGAUGAGAAAAUGGUUCUGGAAUUUAUGGAAGCCGAAAUGAAGCGACUUGCCAAAGCGGAUAGAGAUGAAGAUGCGGACGAGAAUGACACUCUAAAGCCUCUGAAUGAGCGCCAAGAGCGGGCAAUGCGAGAACGCGCUGAACUAGAUGCGGAGAAGCAACGCAUAAGUGAUUUACGGGCCAAACAUAAUCGUGCAGAAAUGAAAAAAACUCAAAAGGUGCCAGAAACAGAUCCAAACAUAAGCCAACAAGGGCAAUCAAACACAGAUACUUCUGCACAAAGCAUUGAAGAACUGAUAGGGCAACGUUAUCAGUUUAGAGCACAAUGUCAGCGUAGUUGCCUCUACAAUAAUCCCCAUAAUGCCGAACCCUGGAAACUGUAUGCCAAUGUGGCCAAAAAUAUUAGUUGCCACCUUGUGGACAAUAUCGAUGGCGAGUUCAAUCGAAGUGUGGCAAAUUAUAUCAAAGACUUUGUGGAUAGCGAAACGCAUCUGUGAUCCCUGGCUAUCCUUCACCUCUUGUCAACUGAAUAACUAUACGUUAUACACAUUUAAAUUGAGGAUGUCUAGCAUAUCGAAAGUUUUAUUUGAUCGCAGAACUGAGAAGUACCACAAAUUUGCCUGUGUCUAAGUGAAAGUAAUUUAAACGUAUUGAGAAAAUUCAAAACUACAAUUCACUAUGAAUUUAAGCAAGUAACUACAUAAAUGUAAAUUAAUUUUCAAAUUAAAUA